AUGUCAUCAAAACGAGACAAAAAAUCAAAUCGUAAUAAUACUUUGUUUGAUGAAUCGCCUAAAAAGAGUCGAGUCGCUACCAAGAAAAAUUACAACGGCAACAAAAAGGCUUUCGAGAAAAAACGUCAAGAGGUAGUUGACGACUUUGAUCCAUUUGACAUUUCGUUGGACGAAUAUGACCCGCCAAUUCGUGUUUCUGCAGAAGACUUUUUCAUUCCAAAGGAUAAAUAUCCAGAAUCGGUGUUAAAUUCAUCGGAGGAAGCGUUGUCUAGUAACGCUAAAGCAAAAGAAAAGCCGAUAAGUAAGACUCGGAAACGAGGCACGAAAUCUUUAUCAAAACCAGAUAAUAAAAAAGUUAAAGUUUCUCAAUCUUCAGCCGUGGCUAACAAUGAUGGAAAAAAUAUGGAAUCAGAAACUUCGGGAAGUGAGACAAAUUGCAAUGAGAAACCUGUUGAAGUUGCCAAAACUUCAAAAAGUACAAAGAAUCAUGAUAUAUCUGCAAUAUCUAAAGUUUCUUCAAGAGAUGCGAAAAUUAUUAAAUCUGAGGCAUCAAAAACUUUGGAAGCCACGAGAGAUACCACUAAAUCUGAAGCAUCUAAGUCUGCUUCAUCCGCUAAAAAGCGUGGUAAACUAGCGACAUCUAAACCUACGAAAAUUGUGGCAAAUAAUAAUAAAUCUGAGGUGUCUAAAAUUUCAGGAGAUCUGAUAAGUGCUAAUAAUACUGAAGCUGCUAAAUCUUUGUCGGCAAAUAAUAAACAUAACUUUGAAAAUAUUUCCAAUUCACCUGUAAAGUCUUUUAAAUCUAAGGGAGAAACAAAAGCAAUUGAAAUACCAAAGACUGAUGAUGAAGAUGUUUCAAGAGACGAAUCACUAACUCAAAAUAUGAAUAUUGAUGAUGAUGAACUUGAAAAUUCUGAAGAAUAUGAUGAUAGUCUAUUAACAAAUAUCAUGGAAGUGGAGAAGUAUGUGUUACCUAGUGGCCAAGAAAUCGAAAAAGAGCAAAUGAUCGCGCCAGAUUUACAAAUUGUUCAACAAAGAAUUGCUGAUGUCGUGAGAAUUCUGAAUAAUUUUAAAGAGUUAGGAGAUCAAAAUAGAGGACGAACAGAGUAUGUAGAUCGGCUCAUUAACGACAUUGCAACUUAUUAUGGAUACUCGGAAUUCUUGGCCGAAAAGUUGUUUCAUCUAUUUCCAGUGUCUGAGGCAUUGGACUUUUUCGAAGCAAAUGAAAUUCCGCGACCUGUCACCAUUCGGACAAAUACUUUGCGUACGCGAAGAAGAGAUUUGGCACAGAAAUUAAUCGGUCGAGGAGUCAAUUUGGAACCAAUUGGAAAAUGGUCCAAAGUUGGAUUGACCGUUUUCUCAUCCGAUAAACCUCUUGGAGCAACACCUGAAUACCUAACAGGCGACUACAUGUUACAGUCCGCCGCCUCAUUCCUACCAGUGAUGUCCUUAGCACCACAAGAAGACGAAAAAAUCCUAGACAUGGCAGCUGCACCAGGUGGAAAAACGACAUACAUUGCUGCACUAAUGAAAAACACAGGCCAGAUAUUUUCCAAUGACGCCAAUAAGGAACGGACGAAAGCGCUCGUCGCAAAUAUACAUCGAAUGGGUGUUAAGAACACGGUUGUGUCGAAUUACGAUGGACGUGAAUUUCCUAAAGUGAUAGGUGCAUUUGAUCGGGUGUUAUUAGAUGCGCCAUGUAGUGGAACUGGGAUUAUAUCUAAAGAUACCUCGGUUAAGAUUAAUAAGACAGAUAAAGACUUUAUGCAACUUUCCCAUUUGCAAAAGCAAUUGAUAUUAUCUGCCAUUGAUUCCGUUGAUGCUAAAUCACCAACUGGUGGUUAUAUUGUAUAUUCUACAUGUUCAGUAACCAUCGAGGAAAAUGAAGCAGUCGUCAAUUAUGCGCUAAAGAAACGGUCUAAUGUUAAAUUAGUCCCCACAGGAAUCGAUUUCGGAGUUGAGGGAUUCACAAGGAAACAAAUGUCUAACAAGAAAGAGCAGGAACAAGAGCAAGAACAAGAACGAUAUGAAAACCCAACUAAAGAGGCGAAGCAAGAAGAUAAACCCAACAAAGCAAAGAAGCGAAGGAACAAUAACAACUCAGAUACCCGAAAAAAACAAAAGACUAAACAUAAUGAUAAUUACACUAAAUGA